CCCAUGUCCCCACCCGCUCCAGGGUGACCUGCAGGCCAGCAGGAUGGGGCAAUGCCCCAGGAAUUGGCUGGAGGUUGCUUGCCCACCAAGACCUGACAGUGACUCAUUCCUCCUGCCAGUACCAGUCCAUCCCCUGCACGCUGGCUGAGCACCUUCCUAAAAGCCCUGAGGGAAGGUUUCUGGCAGGUUCCACAGUGGGAUUCCUCUUUGCAAAAGCUGCUUGCCCUCUCCCAGCAGCUCGGAGAACUACACGACGCGGGUUUCUACAGAGUGCCCCGGCCGCAGCCAGGCUGACAGCAGGCUCAUCGCCAUCCUCAGAGCCUCUCCACAUGGUGUGCAGAGCAGAGGGGCCACGCAGCUCCCCACCCCCAGUGCUGCCGGCACACGGCUCGGGCAGCCCUGGCCCGGUUUGUUCGCUUUUACUGAAACCCACAGGCGCAUGGAGGCAAAAGGUUUGGUUUGGGUUUGGGUUUAUUUUUCCAUUAUUGAUCUGGUGCUUUAAGAGGGGGGAAAAAAACUCCUUGGCUGUCUAAACACUAUUGAUCCAUGCUGGGAAGCUGCAUGGACAGGGAAGGGUGUGGAGGAAUUGAAAUUUACUUUCCAACAACUUGUUCUUGUUAUUUUCCCCGUUUUGGACAGGGAGAAACACGGCGCAGCAGCCUCAGUCGAUGUGGUCAAUGGCUCCUCUGAGAGCGCGGUGCAGCUCCGGGGGCAUCUCGGGGAGCAGCAGGCAGGCACAGAGGGACGCAGCGUGUCCCAGGGUGCAGCACCCAGCAUGACACCGCUGCCAGCCCCGCUGGCACCCACCCCUGGCUGCAGGCUCACAGGGUGUCCUGGGGCCGGCAACGGAGACACGGCACAAGGACAGCGGGUAGCACAGAGAAGACGGGGUGCAAGGGCAGGGUGAGGCUGCUGAGGCCCAGCAAUGGCUCGAGGAUGCCACAAGACUCACUGCAUAUGCUGGGUGUGCCAGCAGGGUGGGACAGGGCUUGCUGGAUGCACCAGAACCAGUUGCCUGGCACGUGAUGUCACAGAGGUCUGCUUGUCUCCGUUGCCUCUAGUACCCGUGCGGGGCGUGAGCUGCAGGCAGAGCAGUGUCGUGCUGUGCCAGGGACAGAGCGCGGUCGAGGAGCAGGAUGCAGCAGGAAGGCUGCGGUGAGGAACAUCCUUCCCAGAGAAGGGGUAGGUGCUGCUGGGGGCAAAGGCUGUGGGACAGUGUCCUCCACCAGCUCCUGUGUUGGGCCACGGUCCCGGGAUGCUGGGGCUGCCCUAGGCAGGGCUGGGUGACAUCCAUGGCUGCCCCUCCCUGGGAUCGACGGUUGUCCGAGGACAGCGGGAAACACCUGUCCCAUGUCAUGAUCUCUCCAACAGUGAGAGAGUGGUCGAGAUAUGGCAUAUCCAGGGAAGUUUCUGCACCUCCAAGCCAGCCUGACGGUUCUCGUGGAGGGCUGCCAGGAGUGGAGGAGGCAACACCAGAGUUGAGAAGCUCCAUCCAGCAGUUUCAGCAGGAGACAGAGACUGGGCAGCCCCAGGGUGAAAUGGAAGUGUCAGCGCCGGAGCCACAGCAAGAGGAGCCUCAAGCGUGCCAGGAGAGGCAGCAGCAGCAGCUGGAGCCUGCAGAGGUGCAGGCCCUGAUGAAGGACUUGCAGUUGCACCUGAAUAUCUGCAGGGGCAUAAAAUGUGAACAGUGCGUCCAGCCGCAGAACAAUAAGCACCAGGACAUGCACGCUACUGCUGACGCAAAAGAGGAGCUGCAGAGGAGCCAAGAACAGCUCCAAGCCCUGAGGAAGCAGUUGAGGGCACAGGAGGAAAAGAGCCAGGGCCUGCAGCACAGCCUCACUCAGCUGCAAGAGGAGCACAAAGCCAUCCAGGCCCGGGAGCAGAAAAGUCUGAGGCAGCUCAGCAGAGCCAAGGAGGCCAUUCAAGACCUGCAGAGGGAAGCUGUCUCCAAAAGAAAUUACAUGGCAGAGCUGUUGCAGCAGGUCCACUCCCUCCAGGAGAGCCUGCAGAAGGCGACCAGCCAAGCCCAACACUGGCAGCAGCUAUACCACGACAGCAAGCGAGAUCUGGCUCUACGAGAAGAGGAGCUGCUUAUGUGCAAGGUGGAGAUGGCGUUCCUCCAGGAAGAGCUCAGCAAGGCCACAAGGCAACCAAAUGAGCAUGAAGAACACAAGAUGAGCAUCGCGAGGACACAAGAUGAGCAUCACGAGGACACGAGGAGCAUCACAGUUGUGAGCAGGUUCUACAGGGCAACAUCCUAACACAGGACAAGCCUUACAAGAUUCUGCCGGGCUGCCUCCACCCAACACUCGCCUCCGAGACAAGAAGCUGCACAAAACAAAGCAAGGAUUAGACGGACAACCUUUAAACAAAUAAAAUUCUUUCUCUUCUGUAGCAAAAGUAGUCCCAACCAAAGCCUUCCUGGGCCACAAGCUGGAGAGCACUUCACAGAGUACAGUGAUGAGAGCAGCUGGGCACUCUCCUAAGACUCAGCUGCUCCUGGAGUCUUUAUGCCUCAAAGGAAUGGGCUCUGCCUUCUCAGAGGCCAAAGCGGGCUGGGGUGUGUCGCGGCGUCAGGGGUUCCCCCUGCUCCUUCCGCCCAGGAGUGUAGAUUUUAGUGGAUCUGCCAGGAGAGGACAAGGGUGAUCAGUGGCAUAUACAACCUUUUCUCGCACCACAACACCCAGGGCAAGGCUGGAGCCUCCACACAGCUCCCUGCUACUCCUCUUAAAGUGUCACGGGGAGUCGGGGCCAGUGCCUACCUUCCGGCGUGGGGAGCUGUGUACGGGCACCUGAAUGGGGACCGCUUCCGGCCGAGGAGGGAGUGGCUGGAACGGGGUUGGAGGGGCGGGAUGGGCAGCGGGAGACCCCAGGGCGGGGUGAGUCACACGGAGACCCUCAUGGGGAGGGGAGACCCCCAGAGACCCACACGGGGGAGGAGAGACCCCGACAGAGACCCAUAUAGGGGAAGAGACCCCCACAGCCUGGAGAGACCCACCCAGACACCAGCACCGUGGGGAGAGACCCCCACAGACACCCACACCAGGAGGAGACCCUCACAGACACCCACACGGGGGAAGGAGAGACCCCCCCAGAGACCCACACGGGGGAGGAGAGACCCCGACAGAGACCCAUAUAGGGGAAGAGACCCCCACAGCCUGGAGAGACCCACCCAGACACCAGCACCGUGGGGAGAGACCCCCCCCAGACACCCACACCAGGAGGAGACCCUCACAGACACCCACACGGGGGAAGGAGAGACCCCCACAGAGACCCACACUGGGGGGAGCAGAGAUGCCGAUAGAGACCCAUAUGGGGGGAAGAGAUCCACACAGCGUAGAGAAACUCCCAGAAACACCCACAGACACCCACCCUGGGGGAGGGGAUCCCCACAGACACUGCCACAGAUGUGGGGGGAGCAGAAACGCACAGACGCAUACACAAACUCCCCUACGGACAGGUAGGGAACCCCACAGACAUUCCCAUGGAUCAGUGGGAGAACCUCACAGACACCCCCCGUGGACAAGGAGAGGGAAGAGAACCCCACAG